AUGUCGACUUCGCCACCUUUUUCGCGAGCGCUACUAGACUCGCUGCUCGAUCGCAAUGCAUUAUGGUCGCAAGACUUUAUCUCUCAGCAGCCGGAUCUUGCGAAUGCCCUUCGACAGGGUCAGCAUCCCAAGGUAUUCUGGAUCGGAUGUAGUGACUCGCGUGUGCCUGAGAGUGUCGUAUGCAACGCGCGCCCUGGUGAACUAUUUGUGUUGCGCAACGUGGCGAACCAAUUCCACCCGAACGACGACAGUGCGGUGAGCGCAUUAAUCUUUGCGGUGCAAGCCCUUGGAGUUGAGCACGUUAUCGUCGUCGGGCACACCAGUUGUGGUGGUGUGACCGCCGCUGUAAACCAGGCUAUUAAGGAACAGGACGAGGACCACGAGUUGCCAUCUACCUCGGCGCUGACGCGGCACUUGACGCCUCUCACGGGGCUAGCCCGUUACCUCCGCGUGCGCGUACGUGAGCGCAACUUCAUGUCGCCUGAAUCCAUGCAAGACCAUCUUGUGCCGCUACUGACCGAAGCGAGUGUGCGCCGCCAGAUCCAAAACAUUGUGGAGCAUCCCGUCAUCCAGGACAACUGGAAUCAAAAAGUGUCGCCGCUUAAUGGCAAGGUGAAUCCCCGUGUGACAAUCCACGGCUGGGUCCACAACCUUAGUACGGGUCGUCUUGUGGACCUCAACACGUCAAUUCAUCCGCCGGAGCUUCAUGAGAGCUAA